AUGCCGGCUACGAGUUCGACAUUUGCUUCACCUCGGUGCAGAAACGGGCCAUCCGUACCCUCUGGACUGUCCUGGAUGCCAUCGAUCAGAUGUGGUUACCUGUUAUCCGAACCUGGCGCCUGAACGAGAGGCACUACGGGGCCCUCACCGGUUUGAACAAGGCUGAGACGGCGGCAAAGCAUGGUGAGGCACAAGUGAAGAUCUGGAGGCGCUCGUAUGACAUUCCUCCACCUCCCAUGCAGUCUGAUCACCCCUUCUACAGCACCAUCAGCAAGGACCGUCGCUACGCUGACCUGACAGAGGACCAGCUGCCAACAUGUGAGAGCCUGAAGGACACCAUUGCACGGGCUCUGCCCUUCUGGAACGAGGAAAUCGUCCCACAGAUCAAAGAGGGAAAGCGAGUCCUUGUUGCUGCUCAUGGCAACAGCCUGCGUGGGAUUGUCAAGCAUCUCGAAGGCAUGUCAGAAGAGGCCAUCAUGGAGCUGAACCUGCCUACUGGCAUCCCUAUCGUCUACGAACUGGACAAGAACCUGAAACCCGUCAAGCCCAUGCAGUUCCUGGGGGAUGAGGAGACGGUGCGCAAGGCCAUGGAGGCUGUCGCUGCUCAGGGCAAGGUCAAGAAGUGAGGGUGGGCAGCAGGUUAGCACGUAGUAGAGCCCCCCCGCCGCCACCCCCUACCCCUCUGUGCACACCCCCUACAGCCGUAGAAACUUGGAGCUGCAGAGCUGGAGCAGUUCCCCAGGAUUAGGCCCGUUCCCUCAGGACCAGGCUCCCCUCUGCAGACAG